AUAAAAAAAAUUCAGAAGCAUCAAUCGUGACUUCAAAGGUGUCUGCUCCGUUCGACGCGCACAAGUCUUGGGAUGUUACGAAAAUGGCGUUCUUGGCGAAUCCAUUAUCGCUGAGCGUUCCAGAGGCCGCUUUCGAGUCAUGGCUUCGUGACAGUGGCUAUCUCGAAGUCCUCGACGAACGAACCACCAGCCUCGACCGUUCCUUCUUCUCUUCCGACCGUGACGGUAGCUCUACCAGUGUCACCACCUCCCCCUCCUCCGUCACCAAUUAUAGCUUCUUUUACUUUAUCUUCUCCUACUUGGGCACCUUCUUCUCUCUCUUCACGCUCAACCCUUUCGCCAAGCUCACUACCGAUGAUUUUGCCGGCGAUGCCCCAUCCUGGACAGUUGGUUUCUUCGGCUGCUUGGACUCUUACUCCUUUCCCUCUUCUCCUUCCCAGGCCAGGUUGAGGGUUCAGGAGAACGUCAAGCGUUACGCUCGCAACUAUGCCACCCUUGCCGUUAUCUUCUUUGCCAUCUCUCUGUAUCAAAUUCCAGUUGCCUUUUUGGGAUUGCUAUCUUGUUUGGCUCUUUGGGAUUUGUUUCGCUUCUGUAGCAAUAAGUGGGGAUUGGAACGCUACUCGUCCAUUCGCCAAGGUCUAGUCCGAAUUGCCCAAUGUGCAACUGCAGUUAUUCUCUAUUGGACCCAUGUUCAGCUGGCUCUCUUUUGUGCAAUUGGUGUCAGUUAUGCAGUUUUGAUUUUGCAUGCCUCACUUCGGAAGUUAACUACUACAAAGCAACUCACUCAGGCAGAUGGGCAUAAAAGAGUUCAGCAAAGCAAAUACAGAAGCUGAUUACCUUUGGCAUCUCUACUAAAGUAUAUGCGAUUUUUUUUUUCUGUAUGCAUGGAGCUACAAGAUGUCAAGUAAACACCUCAUCAUCACUAAAUGGAAAUAUUAGUUGGAGUUCCAGUGCAUGAAAGGAUGCCUUUCAAUUUUGCCCUGUGUUAGAGGAAAAAAGAAAUGGGAUUUUUUUUAUUAAUUUCUCAGUGACAUGUCUCCUAAAUGUCUUAACAGCAUCAAUGAUCAAUGAAGCUAAUUAUUCAUACA